AUGACUAUAAAUAACAAUCGAUACAUUGAUGACCAACUAUCUAGAUUGAACGAUGCCGCAGAUAUUCAGGUCGAUUAUUUAUGUAGACAGAAAAGAGACGUUAUUCCAUAUGCCGAAUAUGAAAUGGAAUUAACAAAAUUGUUCGAAGAAACAAAUAGAAUAAGUACAAUUCUAGAGAAUAGACACAUAUUAGUUUCUCAAGAAUUGGAAAGAUUACAACUUACUAUUGAUAGCAGGACGCAACAGAUUAACACAAUAGGCGAGGGUCAGGCGUUUUCGAAACCAAGUAAUCCUUUCAAUAAUAUAGCACCUGGAACACAAACCGAUCUUAAGACGGACAUGAAAAACAACACAAAAACUGAGUCUGAGUUUAAGAAUAGUCAAAUUAAGUACAAAUUUAAAUGUUGGAUGAAAAAGGGUAAAAAAAAGAUUUUAUUAAUAUUAAAAGUAAAUAAAAUGACUUAUACAACAGAUUGUGACGCUCAAAAAAUAACCAAUUUUGAUCUAAAAGCUAAUGAAACUAGCGAUAAUCACAUAAUGGAUAAAUCACCUACAUUAGAUAAGAAUGCUUUAUUAACUGACUCAAAAUCUGACAAUACUAAUCUAAAGAUUGAAAAUACCGAAAAUGAACAAACGGAGAUUUUCACUAAAUCACUUCCGAAUAAUACAAUAAAUUCAAGUAAUAUUAAAGACAGGUUGAGUAUACAAUCAGGCGCAGAAAGUAUUAACAGUGACCAAGAUAUACAAACAUCUUUACCAUCAGUCUCCAACUAUAAAGUCCUUACACCAUUAGUCCAAAUUAGUUCGGCUAACAAUGUGUUAGGUUUUGAUGAUAGAAGUAGUAUUGGGACUUCUAGUAUAAACACUCCGUUAUUUUUUAAGGGUCAACCAAAAAGAACUACUACUGAGAGAGACAGUUUAAUAUCUGAUUCAAAAUUGUCAUUACUAGAAUCUGCUAAAAAUCAAUUAAAAAGUAAGUUACAAAAUGCAAAUUCAAGCUUUGAGAGAUGGAAAAAUUCAAAAAGUAACUAUAAGUUAGCAGACACUGAAUGUAUAAAGACAGGCAAUAGUACGAAGCUUUGUCACUGGAAUAUGAAUAAGAGACGGAAGAAAUAA